GCUUCAUAGUAUAUUUUCAUCUUAUCUCUCAUGUUAUUUGUUGCUGGUUCAUUAUCAAUCUUAUGUACACACUUUCGAUGAAAUUGUUUGUUGUCUUGGCUCAGUAAGUCGAUAUUUGUUUCAAUAUUAAAAAAGUGUUACAAUCGUCCACACACACAUCAUGUCUGCUGUACAAGGCAUCACCGUAUUAGCUGAAUCGUUGAGAGCACAGGGAAUCGAAUAUGCCUUCGGGAUCGUUGGUAUUCCCGUCAUUGAAUUGUCAAUGGCAAUGCAAACGGCUGGCAUCAAAUACAUUGGGAUGAGAAACGAACAAUCGGCUUGUUAUGCAGCCCAAGCCAUCGGCUAUUUAACUGGCAAGCCAGCCGUUUGUUUAGUAGUUGCCGGUCCCGGUUUACUGCACGUCACUGGUGGCAUGGCUAAUGCUCAAGUCAACUGCUGGCCGAUGGUAGUAAUUGCCGGUGCUUCAUUCCAAGAUCACGAAGGAAUUGGUGCAUUCCAAGAAUUUCCACAAGUCGAAGCAUCACGGCCAUACUGUAAAUAUGCGGCGAGACCUCCAAGCAUUCCACUAAUUCCAUUGCAUGUUGAAAAGGCCGUUCGUUUGGCUACUUACGGACGUCCCGGUGUUUCGUACUUAGACUUCCCCGGAAAUUUGCUACUCGGGUCAACAACGUCGAAAAUCCCCGAGCAAUAUUCCCAUCCGUCGCCACCACUUAUCUAUCCGGACCACGACGCGGUGAGCAGCGCUGCUAGUUUGUUGAAAAAUGCCAAAAGACCACUGAUUAUUGUGGGAAAAGGAUCGGCCUAUGCGCGAGCUGAAAAUCCAGUUCGACGACUGAUCGACGAGAUCAAUUUCCCGUUCAUCGCGACACCGAUGGGAAAAGGAGUUGUGCCCGAUUCAUCAAGUCGUAGCGUACAAUCGGCACGUUCGUUAGCUUUGCAGAAAGCGGAUGUUGUUUUGCUACUUGGGGCCCGUCUUAACUGGAUUUUACACUUUGGACGACCACCGAGGUUUGCAGCUGAUGUAAAAUUCAUUCAAGUCGACAUUUGUGCUGAAGAAAUGCACAACAGUGUACGCAGUACCGUUGCGAUACAAUCAGACAUACUGCCAUUCACCAAUCAUCUGUUAGAACAACUGAACGGCCAAAAUUAUCAGUUUGAUAACAACAGUGACUGGUGGACGUCAUUGAGACAAAAGUGUGCAACUAAUCAGAAAACUGUACAAGGUUACGCCAGAGAUGUUUCGACUCCGUUGAAUUACUACGCCGUGUUCCAUCAUAUGCAAGAGAUUCUUCCACAAGAUGCGAUCAUUGUUAGCGAAGGAGCCAAUACAAUGGACAUUGGUCGAUCGAUGUUGCUCAACCAAUAUCCGAAGCACAGGUUGGAUGCAGGCACUUUUGGAACUAUGGGAGUUGGACCGGGCUUCGCUAUAGCAGCCGCAAUAUUUUGCCGCGAUCACUAUCCAGGCAAAAGAGUCAUCUGCGUGGAGGGUGACUCAGCAUUCGGAUUUUCCGGCAUGGAAAUUGAAACGAUGGUGCGUUACAAUUUGCCGAUUGUGAUUGUAGUUGUGAACAACGGUGGCAUUUACGGUGGCUUUGACCAGGAAACAUUCGAUGCUAUUCGCAAGGACGCUGAUUUGCUCAAAGUUACACCACCGACGGCACUGACUGUCGAAACGAGAUACGAGAAUAUGAUGCAAUUGUUCGGACAAAAGGGUUACCUCGUUCGUGACAUUCCACAGCUGCAAAGCGCUUUGAGUGAAGCUCUCACUUUGACGAAUCGUCCGACAAUUAUUAACGUACUGAUCAGUCCAUCUUCCGAUCGAAAGCCGCAAGAGCAUAGUUGGUUGACCGAAUCGAAGUUGUGAUCACGUCACACAAAUGGAACAAAGCCAAAUCUAUGAAUUUGGCGGGUUGACGGACUGGUUAGGGUUGUUUUACCAUUUAAAAUACAGAGACGUGUCGGUGUAAAGAUUAACUAUACUCCAGUUUAGAAGAAAAUGUUAAUAAAUUUGCAGAAACAAU